GGGGGGGUGUUAGUAAAGGAGGGGAUUUAGGGAGGGAGGUGUUGGGGUUCAGUGUUUUGGUGAAAGAGAGAGAGAGAGAGAGAGAGCGAGCGUGUGUGCGCUUGAGGUCGUCGGGAUGAGUCUAAUCGCUCCAGACUGCACCCCGAAAUGCCGUUCCCCGCGUCACGCCCGGGAGGUGGUGGCGGCUAUGACGGGGGGUUCGGAGGGGAAGCUGAGGUCCUUCCUGUCGGCUCACUGCUACAACGCCGCCACGCUUCGGGACGACUUCGGCCGCACCGCCCUUCACCUGGCGGCGUCUCUGGGUAAGCGAGCCCUGCUGGAGUGGCUCCUGGACAGCAAGAAGGCCGACAUCCUGGUCAAGGACAAAGAGUCGGGCUGGACGGCCCUGCACCGAAGCGCCUUCUACGGGCAAAUCCACUGCCUUAUGGCCCUCAUCAAGCAUGGCGGAGUGCUUUCUACCCAAGACAGAGAGGGGUUAUCGGUUUUGGACCUCACGAUGAAGGACCGCCCAGCCCAUGUUGUUUUCAGGACCACUGAUCCUACUGAAGUCUACACUUGGGGAAGCAACACAAACUUCAGUCUGGGCCAUGGAAAUCAGCAGAGCAGACACCAUCCUGAAAUCGUGGACCUGUUUGCGAGAACGGGGGUUUACAUUAAGCAGGUUGUGCUGUGCAAGUUCCAUUCUGUGUUUCUGUCCCAAAAAGGGGAGGUCUUUACCUGUGGGCACGGCCAGGGAGGACGCCUCGGACACGGGGACGAGCAGACGUAUCUGGUUCCCAAGGUGGUGGAGGGACUUCUGUCCCAUCACUGCUGUCAGAUCGCGGCAGCCAGGGAUCACACGGUGGUGCUGACGGAGGAAGGCUACGUCUACACCUUCGGACUCAAUACUUUUCACCAGCUCGGUCUCAGCCCGCCACCCGCGGCCAGCCCGCUGCCCAAACCGAUGUUCUACAAGAUUCUGAGAGGAAAGACUGUUAUAGGCGUGGCAGCCGCGAGGUUUCACACGGUCCUGUGGACCAGAGAUGCCGUUUACACUCUCGGACUAAACGGGGGACAGCUGGGUUACCUCAUGGACCCAAACGGAGAGAAGUGCGUGACCACUCCCCGACAAGUUUCGGCCUUGCACCAUAAGGACGUCACCAUUGCCACGGUAGCGGCCAGCAACGGAGCCACUGUGUGCGCCACGGAAAAAGGGGACCUGUACCUGCUGGCUGACUACCAGUGCAAAAAACUGGCUUCAAAGCAGCUGAACAUCAAGAAGGUCGUUGUCAGCGGGGGUAGUUUGGACCAUCGUGUGGAUCCCCAAGUCCUGAACGAGGGUGGUGGAGAGAAGGUGUCUAUUCUAGUCCUGGAUGAAGCUGGAAGGGUGUUUUGUUGGCGUUCUGCGGGCAGUUCGGUCAGACCGUGCCGAUGGGCGUACGGACGCCAGGUCUUUAUGUCGGACAUCGCUCUCAGUAAAAACAGCAUGAUGUUUGUCUCUCAGGACGGAGAGGGAUUCAGCGGCCAGUGGCUAGGGGAAUACAGGAAGAUCGUUGACAAGAAAGAUAGCAGUAUUGAGGUGUCCGGCCCCUCGGAGAGCGGCGGCGUGUACGAGCGAAUUCGACUGGAGAGAAUCCCCUACAUCCACAGAGCCGUCAGCAUCACCAUGGAUUCCAAAGGUCGCAACUUUGGGGCGCUACAGUCUGAUCCUAAAACCAGUCUGUACGAGGUCCCGACGGUGUCGGCGUCCUCGUUCACCCAACACUUCCAGAGGCUUCUGGCGGAGGCAGAUGAGAUGGACAGCAUCCACGACGUGACUCUUCAGGCGGGCGACCGCACCUUCCCUGCCCACAAGUACAUCCUGUCCCAGCGUUCAGACUUCUUCCGGAAGCAGCUGUUCCCGCAGCACAGGAGGGGGAGUGAGGGAGAGGAGGAUGACGUGACGAAGAGCGAGGACGCGGUGGGUUGCGACUUGCUCAUCCUGGAGAAGGUUUCACCCGAGCUGCUGGAGCAAGUCCUGAACUUCAUCUAUAUGGACACUUGCGAGAUGCUGGUCCACGGAUCCAGGCCCAGUCUCCCGCGGCAGAACCAGACCCAGAACCACAACCCAGAUCAACCAGGGCAGCAUCAGCAGCUGAUCCAUAGCUUCCAGGAUCUGAACCUCAGUGAGGGACUGAUGGGCCGCUCCGCCCUGGAGGUUUACCGAUCGCUUCCGGCCUCUGCCCGCGACGCCGGCAACAAACCCAAGAACAGAAACACCAAGUCUGGCAGAAAAGCCAAGGGAAGUGUAGCCAGUGAACCUACCGUCAACCCGGUGAAGGUGCUUCAAGGCGUGGCCAAGAAACUGGGUGUGGCCAGUCUCGCAGCACGACUGGAUGGAGUGAAGUAUGAAAAUGGGAAGAUCGUCGCGAUCAAGAAAUCUGGCAACAAACCAAGAUUCAACCAGAAAAAAUGCUCUUACCUCUGUGAUGUCACCCUGAAAUCAGAGGACGGGAAGGAGUUUCCCUGUCACAAGUGCGUCUUGUGUGCACGGCUAGAGUACUUCAACAGUAUGCUGGGAAAUCCCUGGAUAGAGGCCACGAGCUGUACUGCACUCGAAAUGCCCACUGGUAGCGAAGUCCUGCAGGUCAUCCUGGAGUACAUCUACACGGACGAGUCGCCCACUGUACGAGAGUCUCAGAACGUGGAGUUUCUGUGUAAUGUGCUGGUGGUGGCAGAUCAGCUGCUGAUCACUCGAUUGAAGGAGAUUUGUGAAGUGGCCAUCAGUGAAAACUUGACUCUGAAGAAUGCCGCGGAGCUUCUGGAAUUUUCCGCCAUGUACAACGCGGAUCAGCUCAAGCUUUCGUGCCUGCAGUUCAUUGUUCUAAACCUCGCCGCCCUGCUGGAGUCCAAAGCGUUGGAGGUACUGAGUGAUGAGGUGCUGUUGGAGCUGUCUGCAGCAUACAGGAGAAUGGUCCCAGCCAUGCAGAGACGAUUCAUUACUCCGUAUCCCAAUGCUCCUGACCUCAGCGUUUACAAAGAUGAGGAGUUUGACCCCACCAUUAACUGUAAACCCAAUGCUGACCACACCAACAAUGAUACUCUCCUGAAGAAAGCCAAGAUGAAAGCCAAGAGGAAACCGCGGCGGCGCUCUGACAGCUCGGGUGGAUACAACCUGUCCGACGUCAUUCAGAGCCCGCCCUCCUCCGCAGGUUUGGUGAAUUCUGGGAAAGUCGGUUCUGUGGAGUCCCUUCAUGAGCUGAUAAUGUCUGACUCUGAGGAGAGCUACAUGGGACUGGGCAGUCCCCGAGAUCUCCAGUCCCCCAUCUUCCAGGACAGACACGACGCACAGGAGAGCAAGUCUGGACUCGUCGGGGGGAAGACUCCCCCUAACACCCCGAAUAUGAAGAACGGAGGCGUCGUCCCUCUGAAAUGUUCCAAACCCGAAGCCAUCCCAAAAGUCCAAGUGAGCCCAUUCCAGACACCCCCUGUCCUUGACUUCAGAGCCAUCAUGGAGAUGGAAGCGAACUCCCUGAGCCUCGGAGCCACGCCCAAAAGCCCGGGACUGUCUGGAGGAAGCACCAAAUCCUCUCCGUUACCUGUCAAGCUGUCUCAGAAGCAGAGGAAGAUGAUGGCCAUUGCAAGCAAGGAAGCAAGUGUAGAAAGCACAUCUGCCAAAUCACCCCCAGUGGUCACCCCCACUAAGCCCCCAAAGACAUGGGCGACGGCGGUGCAGCCCACUCCCGCCGCGCGGUCGUUCCGUGAGCUCUUGGUGGAAGAGGAGAGACGCGGCCAAGCUGCUCCUAGUGCCCCAGUGACUGCUGGGAGUCCGGGAGCCACCGCUGGUGCCAAAAGGGUGACCUUUAAACGCUCCGAGUCCAGCGAGUCUGACAAACCAGCAGGGCCGUGGGUGCUGGGAGCGGUGGGCAGCCCUCCUGUGGGUGGCGCGGUAACGUUCGCUUCUAUUGUUGAAGAGGAAAAGCAACAAGAAGCCGCAUUAAUCCGCAGCCGAGAGAAACCGCUGGCUCUGAUACAGAUUGAGGAACGAGCAAUUCAGGACCUGUUGCUUCACUACAGAGCUUUGAACAACCCCGACGAGAUGAUAGUGAUAGAGAGGACUUCCCAGGGUCCUAUCGCCACCCCGACCUGGAACAAACACUGAGGACGGCUUCCCUGCACCAUAUCGCACAACUCCGAAAGAAUGUUAUCACCCGUGUUCUUCUGUGUGGAACUCAGUAUUAAAGUGGGUUUUACCCCCCCCCCCCCUCCUCCCCGUCACCCCACCCCCUUCCCUCCACAGGCUGUGGUUUGGAUCCGAUGCGGCUCCUCUACGCAACUCGGGCAUUCUUGCGCGC